AUGGAUACUCUUCUCCAGGAGGUGGUGGUGCACCUUAUAGACAGAAUGGACAGGGUUCCGAUGGACCCCCUCCCAAUGCGCCUACUGGACCACGAAAUGCAAAGGGUUCCGGAAGUAACUAUAGAGGAGGCGGAAGAGGUGCAACUGCAGCCAGGGCCAAUGAUAGAGGCGGUGCCGGGUAUGGUGCUGGAUAUAGGGGUGGUUAUCACCCUUACGCCAGGAAUGGCUAGAGAUUUUGCUAUACGCACCUCCAAAACUGAAGGUAAACGCAAAUAA